GCGGAAAAACCUAGGUAGCCUAUAGCAGUAGAGAAGAGGUUGAAGUACAUCUGGGACAAGAAUUCAUUUGCGGAAGAACCACAUCUCACAACGGAACGGGAUUUUCCUUCUAGUUCUGCAGAUUAUUUGCGCUGAGACCUAAUUACAGGCCAAAUGCUCGUGUAAUGUGUUAGUUUGCUGUUUGAUAAUCGUGAAAUCACGCAGCAGAUAUAAGGGAGCUCCGGCAAGACUGAGAUUUUUGAGACUGAUGAUCAAUUGAACGGAUUUGCAGUGGGGUUGCCUGAUAAUAACGAUCUGAAGAUGUCUGCCGCCAAGAGCAGUCAGCAGCAAGUGCCCACAGGGUCCAAGCAGACCGAACUGGACCAAAUCUGGGGUGACCUGCGGGAAGGUAUCGAGCAGGUUUACAGCAGAAAGUCAAUGUCCAAAACAAGAUACAUGGAGCUCUAUACGCAUGUAUAUAAUUACUGCACGAAUGUCAACCAAAACAACAGUGCAAGCAGAAGCGAGAGCCGAACAGGGGCUCUCAGCAAGAAUAAGAAGACCCAGAUGUCUGGUGGUGCCCAGUUAGUUGGAUUGGAACUCUACAAGAGGCUUAGGGAUUUUCUGAAAAAGUAUCUUGUCAAAUUGCUAGAAGAUGGAAAUGACCUUAUGGAUGAAGAUGUACUUACUUUUUACACACGACAGUGGGAAGAGUACCAGUUUAGCUCCAAGGUUCUCAAUGGUGUCUGCGCAUACCUUAAUAGACACUGGGUUAGAAGAGAAUGUGAGGAAGGAAGAAAGGGGAUUUUCGAAAUUUACCAGUUAGCCCUUGUUACGUGGAGGGAAUACCUCUUCAGCAAGUUGAAUAAGCAAGUGACCAGUGCCGUUUUGAAACUCAUCGAUCGUGAACGCAAUGGAGAGACAAUUAAUACUCGACUGGUUAGCGGUGUCAUUAACUGUUACGUUGAGCUUGGGCUCAAUGAUGAGGACCCUGGAGCCAGAGGGCCGAUUCUCUCUGUUUACAAAGAUUCAUUUGAAGACCGCUUCUUCGAAGAUACUGCCCAUUUCUACUCUAGGGAAAGCAGCGACUUCUUGCUCCACAAUCCUUUCACCGAGUACAUGAAAAAGGCCGAGCAACGCCUUCUCGAGGAACAGAAAAGGGUGAAGGUGUACUUGCAUGAAACAACUUUGGAGCGCCUGGCCAAGACGUGCGAAAACGAACUCAUCCAGAAGCAUUUGGAGCUGUUCCAUGAAGAGUUCAAAGCUCUCCUUGACCAGAACAAGGAUGAUGACUUGGGACGAAUGUAUUCGCUUGUGGCUCGAAUCGCGGACGGCCUGGGUGUGCUGCGCACUCUGCUUGAGCAACACAUUUACACUCAAGGCCUGGAAGCCAUUGAGAAGUGCGGCGAGUCUGCUGUCAAUGACCCUAAGGUUUAUGUCAGCACCGUGUUAGCCGUGCACAAGAAGUACAACGCGUUGGUGUUGACCGCGUUCAAUAACGACUCUGGUUUCGUGGCUGCUCUUGACAAAGCUUGUGGGCGAUUCAUCAACAUCAAUGCUGUCACCAGGAGUGCCAACGCAUCGUCCAAGUCGCCAGAGCUGCUGGCAAAGUUCUGCGACCACCUGCUGAAGAAGAGUUCGAAGAAUCCCGAGGAAGCUGAGCUAGAAGAUACCUUGAACCAAGUGAUGGUCGUGUUCAAGUACAUAGAAGACAAGGACGUCUUCCAGAAGUUCUACUCGAAAAUGCUGGCAAAGCGUCUGGUUCAGCACAUGUCAGCAAGCGAUGAUGCUGAGUCAUCAAUGAUCUCUAAACUGAAACAGGCUUGCGGCUUUGAGUACACUUCAAAGCUGCAACGCAUGUUCCAGGACAUUGGUCUUUCACGAGAUUUGAACGAGCAGUUCAGGAAGCAUUUAAUGAACACCAAUGAGACCCCGGACAUCGAUUUCAGUAUCCAGGUGCUGUCCUCGGGCUCCUGGCCCUUCCAGCAGUCGUUCAGCUUUUCACUCCCCACGGAGCUGGAGCGUAGCGUCCAUAGGUUCACCAACUUCUACAGCGCGCAGCAUUCUGGCCGCAAACUCAGCUGGCUGUACAACAUGUCCAAGGGCGAGUUGGUCACCAACUGCUUCAAAAAUAGGUUCGUCCUUUUUGGCCAACGCAUUUUUGUUGCUUAUGUUGCAUUAUAUUCUAGAUAUACGCUGCAAGCAUCCACUUUCCAAAUGGCAGUGCUUCUGCAGUUCAACAGCGCUUCCUCAUGGACCCUUGGGCAGCUAGAGGAGCACACUCAAAUCAAACACGAUUUUCUGGUUCAGGUUGUGUGCAUUCUGCUACGAGCGAAAUUGCUGACCACAGAGGAAGAUGAGUCGGAACUUCAAAGCAGUUCGGUUAUGUCUCUCUACCUGGGUUACAACAACAAAAAAUUGCGAGUGAACAUCAACGUGCCGAUGAAAACUGAAUUGAGAGUCGAGGAGGAGGCUACCCACAAGCAUAUUGAGGAAGACCGGAAACUCCUCAUUCAAGCCGCCGUGGUGCGAAUUAUGAAAAUGCGGAAGGUCCUCAAACAUCAGCAGCUAGUUGCAGAAGUAUUGAAUCAGCUCUCACCCAGAUUUAAGCCUAGAGUUCAUGUGAUUAAGAAAUGUAUUGACAUAUUGAUCGAAAAGGAGUAUCUGGAACGAACCGAGGGCCAGAAGGACACAUACAGCUACUUGGCGUGAGGUUUGACUGAGGGUGCUAAAAGGAAAGGAUUUGAAUUCAAAAUUAUCUAACCAUAAAAACUAUUUUAUCUAAAUUGGAGCAGUUGAGUUUCAAGGUGGCUGGCUACCUAACUGAUGAACUGAACAGCCUCAUAUUUGCUUUUUGCGGCAGCCUCUAAAGCUAAUUUAUAUCUUGCCUUAAACGUACAUGUGCGCCUAUAGUUUUUACCCACUUAAUCUCAUCUAGUUUAGCGAAACUCGGGACAGAUUAAUGUUAUGCCCAGGAGAACAAAAGGUUUGUCUAAAAAAAAGUCAUAAUUGCAGAGGUCAGGGUGAUACAAAUUAAAAAAAAACGUAUUUCUUUUCGAUUUAUUUGUUAAUUGUCAAUGCACUUAUUUUUUUGUUUUGCGGUGUCCUUGCAAUUUUAAAAAUCAAAUCUUUCCCCCAAACAAUGAUUUUCACAAAUCGAAUAAAUUUAAUUGUAAAUAGAA